UUAAUAGAAAAUGUGGAAUGCUAAAAAAUUUUUGCAAAGGACUGUUGCUAAGUCUAAAACUUCAUGGAGAACUAAAGUAACUGUAAAAAGUUCAAAAAUCAUUGGUAUUAGACGAGAAGAUAUAAAUGUUUGGGAGAGAAGAGCUCCUAUAGCUCCUCAACAUGUUAGUGAGCUACAAAAUCAAGGUAUAAAAGUUUUAGUACAGCCUUCAACACGACGUGCUUAUACUAUGCUAGAAUACGAAAGUGCAGGUGCAACCAUACAAGAAGAUUUGUCUCCAGCAUCUUUAAUCAUGGCUGUUAAACAAGUUCCAAUAGAUAUAUUGAUUCCAUCUAAAAGUUAUUCUUUCUUCUCUCAUACAAUUAAAGCUCAGGAAGGCAACAUGCCUCUGUUAGAUGCUAUGCUAGAAAAGAAUAUUCGAAUGAUUGAUUAUGAAAAAAUGGUGGACAGCCAUGGUAAAAGAGUUGCUGCAUUUGGGAAAUUUGCGGGAGUUGGUGGAAUGAUUAACAUUUUACAUGGGUUAGGCCUUCGGUUGCUUUCUCUUGGUCAUCAUACACCUUUUAUGUAUGUUGGGUCAACACACAAUUAUAAGAAUAGUCGUCAAGCUCGGUUAUCUAUAUAUGAACUUGGUGAAAACAUUCGAGCUGGGGAGCUUCCAAAACAUUUUGGACCUUUAACAUUUGUAUUCACUGGUUCAGGAAAUGUGUCACAGGGUGCUCAAGAGGUAUUUAAUGAGCUUCCUCAUGUGUAUGUUCAUCCACACGAAUUAAAGGAAGCAAUACAAGCUUAUGAUCAUAAAACAAUAAUUGCAACCAAAGUGAGUCGUCGUCAUUAUUUAGUACCAAAAGAUGGUGGAGAAUAUAAUGCAGAAGAAUUCCAUUCCCACCCAGAGCGGUACAGAUCAAUAUUUGCAGAAAAGAUUGCACCUUAUGCAUCAGUUAUAAUAAAUGGAGUAUAUUGGGCACCACGCAAUCCACGUUUGCUUACUAAAGCUGAUGGAAUAUCACUUCUUCAGAUCAAUCACAGAGCAAAUAAGUACAGUGGUUGUCCAGAACUUCCUCAUAGAUUGUUAGCCAUAUGUGACAUUUCUGCUGAUCUCGGAGGUUCAUUAGAGUUCAUGAAAGAGUGCACUACUAUUGAAUACCCAUUCUCUUUAUAUAAUCCUGUGAAAGAUACUUCUGAAAUCGGUGUUGCGGGUGAUGGUCUUUUGUAUUGCUCUAUUGAUAAUAUACCUGCACAGCUGCCAAGAGAAGCUACUGAUUAUUUCGGUAAGCUACUUGUCCCAUGGAUUCCAGAAAUGGCAGCAGGAGAUGCUACAAAACCUUUUCAAAGUGAAACUUGCUACUCCAAUGUUGUUAAAGGGGCUGUUAUUUGCUCAAAUGGAACUUUAACAGAAAAGUAUAAAUAUAUUGCAGAUUUACGUGCUAAGAAAGAAGCUGCUAAAGCAGCCAGUCUUCUUGGAACAUCAGCUGACUUUAUUAAAAAAAGAGUGUUGGUACUUGGGGCUGGACAUGUAGCAGGUCCAUUAGUUGAAUAUCUUAGUCGUGAUGGAUCUGUCCAUCUUACUGCUGUUUCUUCAGUUAAUGAUGAAGCAGAGUAUCUGGCACAGAAAUAUAAAAAUACAGUUCCUGUUGUCAUGGAUGUUACUAAAUCAAAGGAACGUCUUCGAGGUCUUAUAAAUCAGAGUGAUCUUGUAGUUAGUUUGCUUCCAUACACAUUUCAUCCAGAAAUUGCAAAAGUUUGUAUUUCCGAAAGAAAAAACAUGUUAACAGCUAGUUAUGUCUCACCUGAAAUGAAAAGUCUUCAUCAAAGUGCUUUGGAGGCUGGUAUUACUAUUUUUCAAGAGAUUGGUCUUGAUCCUGGUAUUGAUCAUUUAUUGGCUAUGAAAUGUUUUGAUGAAGUAAAAGAAGAUGGAGGAAAGGUUGUUUCUUUCUUGUCAUAUUGUGGUGGUUUACCAGCUCCAGAAGAUGCAGGAAAUCCUUUGAGAUAUAAGUUUAGCUGGUCGCCUCGUGGUGCAUUAAUGACUGCAUUGAAUGGUGCAUGCUAUAUGCAAGAUGGAAAAAUAAUGAAAAUUGAGCCAGGUCAACUGUUUCAAAGUUGUAAGCCAUUGGAUUUUUUCCCUGGUUUUAAUUUAGAAGGUUAUCCAAACAGAGAUUCUACUGCAUAUAUUGAAAAAUAUGGUCUUAAUGAUAUUAAAACUAUGCUACGUGGUACAAUGAGAUACAAGGAUUUUUCUGUUGCUGUGAUUGGAAUGUUAAAACUUGGUUUACUCAAUCCCAAAAAGGUGCCAGGUUUUGAAUCAGGAACAUCUACUACAUGGGGUAAAUUAAUCAAUAUUUUGUUGGGCAGCCACGAUCUCCGUGGUGACAGUCUUAGCAUUAUUGUGUAUGACAAAAUUGGUCGAAAUGACGUUUCUUUAAAAGCAAUACAAGAUCUGGGAUUAAUCUGUAGCGAGACAAAAAUUGAGGCUAAAGAUACUCCAUUGGAUACACUUGCUGAUUAUCUUUCUAAAAAACUUAUAUAUGCAAAAGGUGAGCGGGAUUUAGUUCUAUUACGUCACCAAAUUGGAAUAGAAUGGCCAAAUGGUAAAAUGGAAACACGCAAUAUUAGUCUGGUUGCUUAUGGAGAUCCUGAUGGUUACAGCGCAAUGGCUAGGACUGUGAGUAUACCAGCAGCAAUUGCCGCCAAAAUGAUAUUAGAUGGUGAUGUUGCUACGAAGGGAAAUAUCAUUCCAUUAACAAAAGACCUUUAUUUACCAAUAUUAAAAAAUCUCGCUUUAGAAAACAUAAAAUGGACUACAAAAUCAACGUUUCAUUGAAAAUCAAAAGAAUAAAGUUCUUUAAAUCUUUUUAUAAAAAAUUUAUUCGCUAGUGAAUGAUAUUUUGUAUUCCUAUUAAUUGUAAUAUAUUUAUUUGUACUUUUUGA